AUGAAUUCUACUUUUAUGUUUAUUAAUCAAACAGCGAUAUUAAUAACACGUAUUCAAUCAGAUGUAUCUUCAAUACAGACGACUGUUUCGUCAUCAUUAUCGACAAGAACAAUAGCAACAACAACUACUACUACAAGGGCUCAAUACAACGCAACAUUUUUUGCACAAAAAACGUAUCCAACUGGAAGUGGUUCGAGUCCUGCGCCUGUAUUUGUAGUUGAUGUUAAUUUUGACAAUAGACCUGAUAUUAUUGUCGGAAACUUUGCAAUCGGCAAAAUUGGUGUUUUCUUGAAUUUCGGUAAUGGGACAUUUUAUUCUCAAACAAGUUAUCUAAGUGGAAUUGGGAGUAACACAAAUCCGAACUCGUUGUCAGUAACUGAUGUUAAUAGUGAUAAUAAACCUGACAUUAUCGUCGCCAACCAAGGAGCGGAUAAUAUCGGUGUUCUUUUUAACAAUGGUAGUGGUUCGUUUCUUCCUUCUACAACUUAUUCAACUGGAAGUAGCUCAUCACCGGCAUGUCUGUCAGUUGUUGAUGUCGAUAAUGAUGGCAAAUCUGAUAUUAUUGUUGCAAACUAUGCUACAAGCAAUGUUGGCAUCCUUAUUAAUGUCGGAAAUGGUACAUUUCGUUCUCAAACAAGUUAUUCAACUGGAACGAACUCUAACCCACAAGGUGUGUUCGUCGCUGAUGUUAAUCAAGAUAACAAACCGGAUAUUAUUGUUGGAAACUAUGGUACUAAUAAUGUUGGCGUUUUUCUUAACUAUGGUAAUGGUACGUUUCGCCCUCAAACAACUUAUUCAACUGGAAGUGGCUCAAAACCAUAUUCUGUAUUUGUAACUGAUGUUAAUAAUGAUAAUAAACCCGAUAUUAUUGUUGCAAAUAGUGGUACUAACAAUGUUGGUGUUCUUCUUAACUAUGGCAAUGGUACAUUUCGUUCGCAAUUAACUUAUUCAACUGGAAGUAGUUCGAGCCCAUAUUCUGUAUUUGUAACUGAUAUCAAUAAAGACAAUGAACCCGAUAUUAUUGUUGCAAACUAUGGUACAAAUAAAGUUGGCAUCCUUAUUAACGCUGGAAAUGGUACAUUUCUUCCUCAAAAUACUUACUCAACGGGCUCAAAUCCUUUUUCGUUAUCAGUCGCUGAUCUUAAUAGUGAUAGUAAACCCGAUAUUAUUGUUGCAAACCUUAAUGAUGACAAUGUUGGCGUGUUCUUAGCGCGUUGA